CAGCUUCCUUCCUGGCCUUCUGCUGGGAGCUGGAGAACGCCAAAGCAGAGCUGAUGGCAAUCCAUUGAUUGUGCCUCGUCUUCCAUCCCAGAGUCUGGUCUGUCUCCAGCCAACUUUUACUUCCAGGCCGGGCUUGGACUGCUCUUGUUGGUGGCUCUCUUCUUCUAGAACCCCGGAGUCGUUAGCAGGGAGCCCAUCAGCUGCACUCCAGGAGUUCCUGACCUCCAAAGGCCCAAGGUUGCCUCCAAGGCUGGAUAUAUCCAUUUUGGCAGGCAGUCAUUGACUUAAGGUCCAAAACGAAUAGCUCUAACUACAAGAAGCUGCCAAAGUCAAGGAACUUCAAGAAUCUAGGGGCGCCACGGACCUAUGACCCAAGCUUCCGAGGACCUCUUCACAAAAGACAUUGCACAGAUGUCCCAUGCUGUUUGCUUUUCAUGGUGUUCAUCCUCAGCUACGUUGCCUUAGGACUCGUGGCUUGGGACCAGGGCGAUGCCAAGAAGGUGGCCUACGCCGUGGACAGCCGGGGGGACUUCUGUGGCCAGAAGAACACCCCCAAUGAGAUGAAGAGCGUGCUGUUCUACUUCAACAUUCUGCUCUGCUCCAGCCCCGUCGUACUUUUGAAGCUCCACUGCCCGACCACCACGGUCUGUGUGUCCACGUGCCCGGACAGGUUCUUGACCUUCCUCGAAGUGCAGGGGAGAUACACGUUCAACAGGAGCCUGUGGGCCUACUACCAGCAGUACUGCAAGCCGGGCUUUGACAACCCCUUAAAGCCUGCCCUGGAUGUGCUCCGGGAUCAAGACUGCCCACCCAUGAUUAUUCCCAGCAGGCCUUUCUUCAAGAGAUGUUUCCCUGACUUAAGGAUUCAAGAUAGCAUCCUGAGAAUAGGAAACCAGACGGCAUUCCUCGAUGGGAGUGGAAUCUUGAGAAAUGUCUCCGAUCUCCAGGAAGCGGCUAAAGACAUCAACUUGAUCCGCUCCAUGAAGAUAUUGGGCUUCAAAAUCUUGGAAGAUUUUGCAAGUGCUUGGCAUUGGAUUGUCCUGGCUCUAGUCCUCGCAAUGUUCAGCAGCUUCCUGUUCCUGUUGCUCCUGAGAUUCUGCGCCAGCUGCAUAUUGUGGAUCUUCGUGUUGGGUGUGAUCGGCAUUGUGGCCUAUGGAAUCGGCUACUCGUACCUGGAGUACCGCCACCUGCAUACCAGUCAGGGAGCCCAAAUGACCAUCCUGGACCUGGGCUUCCAUUCCGACUACAAAGCCUACUUGAAGCUGGAGCAAACGUGGCUCCUGUUCUUGAUCUUGCUUAGCAUUGUGGAACUGCUAGUUCUCUUCUUGCUUUUGUUCCUGAGAAAGAGCAUCCGAAUCGCUGUGAUAUUGCUGGAGGAAGGGAGCAGGAUCAUUGGACAUAUGCCGCAAUCCUUACUCUUCCCCUUAGUCACAGUCUUUCUUGUUUUCAUCUGCAUUGGCUACUGGAUCGUGAUCGCGAUUUUCUUGUCUACAUCAGGGGAAGCUGUAUAUAAAGUUGUAACUGUUGAUACUAACUGCAAAUAUGCUAAUGAAAUCUGCAACCCUAAGAGUUUCCCGUCGACGAACGUCAGCAAGGAGUGCCCCAGCGCACACUGCAACUUUGCUUCCUUUGGCGGAAAGUCCCUCUUGUACCGCUGGGUCAUCCCUCUCCACGCCUUCAACACGUUCGCCUUCCUCUGGCUGGUGAACUUCUCUAUUGCCCUGGGCCAGUGCACCCUGGCCGGCGCCUUCUCCUCUUAUUACUGGGCCUUCCUUAAGCCUGAGGACAUUCCCCCGAACCCCAUCUGUGCUUCAUUCGGACGCACCCUACGAUAUCACACAGGUUCCAUAGCAUUGGGAGCUAUAACUCUAACAACAGUCCAAUGUCUUCGAUUUUUCCUGGAAUACAUAAACCACCACCUUAAAGAUUCCAAGCGCAUGCAGUCCAAGUUCAUUCUGUGCUGCUGCAGAUUCUGUCUCUGGUGUUUGGAGAAAUUCCUCAAGUAUUUAAACAGAAACGCCUACAUCAUGGUGGCCAUCUACGGAGACAACUUCUGCACGGCGGCCCAAGAUGCUUUCCAUCUUGUGAUGAGAAACGUCGUGAGAGUGGCCAUGCUGGACAAAGUCACCGACUUCCUCCUGUGGCUGGGCAAGAUGCUCGUUUCUGUCAGCAUAGGUGCCCUGGGCUACCUAUUCUUCACCCAAAAACUCCCAAUCGCAGCGCCAACGCUGAACUAUUACUGGAUCCCUCUGUUGGUGAUGGUUUUGGGGUCUUACAUCAUUGCCCAUGGGUUCUUCAGUGUCUUUGCCAUGUGUGUUGAUACCCUCUUCCUCUGCUUCUGUGAGGACCUGGAGAGGAAUAACGGAAGCCUAGAAAGGCCCUACUUCAUGCCCCCAACUCUGCUCAAGACUCUCGGCAAGAGGCAGUACCGGAAACUCAAGAAAAAGGUCUGGAAGAGGGUGAAGCACCCCACAGGACACCAUUCUCGCGUGUACUAGCCCAGGCCUGGGGCUGCCGGCUCCCAGCUGGGCCGUCUGGGGCCGCCCUCUCUGCCAGGAGAAGGGGUGAGCUGCCCGUCCUCCUGGGAUGGCGGGGUAACAUCGUCGAGCAGUUUUUUAAAAUAAAAGUAUCUCUAGCUUAGCGUUCUCGGGCUCUCUGCUCGGCCGGCUCCCCCCUGGCCCCUCGCCUCCCUUUCUCCCCCCCUCCUUUUGUAGUACGAGUCUCUUUGUGGAGGAUAUUCAGGCCAUUUCCGGAAGCGCUGCAAACGCAGACCAAGUAGCCAUAAAGCCUCUCCCGUCCGUAAGCAGCACGUGCUGGGCCGCCAGCUGCCCUCUUGAAGGCUCCGGAAGACCCUGUCGCUGUCCAGUGCGAUCACGUCUGGCGGGGCUUGGGGAAAGCUGCGGGCUCUGAGCGGCUCGACGGCCCCUCCCAUCCAGCGCCCUGCCGUCCGGGGCCUCGUGGCUCACGGCAGCCGGAACUCUUCUCUCGCCUUCCUCAGAGCCCGGGCGCAGUUCUACCCUCUGGCUAGGCUCAAAGCUACCUUGUGCGAGCUUAAGUGGAAGGAAGAUGCUGCUGCCUGACGUCUCCCGGCCUCCGCUUCCUGUGAUGGGACCCUGGAGAGCGACGCCGACUGCCGCCCGCCCUUCCCGCUGUCCCUGCCCGCUUCCCCCGCAAGGCCGCACAGCGGUGUAGCGGGGCAGCCGCCCAGUUCACAGGGACGUCCCUCGGCCGGCCAAGCCAGAGGCCUUUGGACGGGAAUUCUGCGCCUUCCCCGGAGAGACCUGGGAACGGACGGGGUCUCUCUGUUGCCUUACAAUGGAGCUGAAGGGAAGGGAAGCAAAUGAAUAGGAAAGCGGCUGCCCCCAGGGAGCGUGUUUGCCUUCAGGGCCCACCCCAGGCGCCCCCAUCGGAGCUCACUGGCGAUUCCUCCGGAGGCUCAGAUAGAACCAGGCUGGUGCCGGGGAGACCCUGCAAGGUCCGGGGGACCUCCUCUGCGGGGGCAGGAACGGUAGCUUCCGAUUGGAACCGAUUAUUCUUGCGCACGGGUGCGCACUAUGGCCCAAAGGCUGCAGGCUCUCAGAAGCCUCGGAAUGGGGCACCCGAAGGCAGAGCUCAGCUGGCCUGGCCUUACCCUUCCAGCCAGGCGCCAUGGCUCUGCUCUAGAUCACCACAAGGAUGUUUCUCCUUCCGAGAUGCCCUUGAUUCACCGCCCAAACCCCCUUGCCAUACCCUGGAGACAGAAGCCGGCUCUGGUGCCAUCCAAAGAGCCCGAGUUUCCCAUCAUUCCCCUGCCCAGAGGGCAGGCAGUUUAGGGAAGCUUCGGCAGAAACCCUCCAGAUGGGACUUGAGGCAGUCACUGGGCGUUCUUGACCCCCUGGAGGAGGCGCCUUUGCUUCUCUGCUUCUCGGCUCCUCUCUCAUCCUCAAAACGAGCUCCAAUGCAUUGGCUUGGGCUGUUUUCCCCCUCUGGGUUCUACUGCCCAGCACGGGGGCUCCCUGGCUUCAGUGGGAGGGCCGGCAAUGGAUAGGCUUCACUGAUCCAGCCCCAUUUCCGAGGGGUCCCACCCCUCCACCAGCAGCCCCGGGACUCCUGGAUUGGGGGAGGCCAAGGUCAAGAGGCACCCCCUUGACAGCCUCCAUCAGGGGCACGUGAGGAUGGGAGCGGGGAGCGGGGAGCUGGAGAACCUGGGCGGCCCCAUGCCGAAGGAGGGGGGAGGCAGCGAGAGCUUGUGAUUGAGGCAUAGCUGCUGAUUAAGGGGAUUCUCAAGAAGUCUUCCAGCCAGAGAGGUCAUAGAGGGAGCCACACGACACUUGGCCAUAAGCAGGGCUCGCUCUUUGCUUUCUCCUCGCACUGACCACAGGAGCCCAGGUGGCCCAACGUUUGUUCCUCUGCGCUCACCUGCACCCUGGGAAGCAGGACGGCUCCAUGGGUGGGCUGAACCGCCAUGGAGGGCGGCUCCUAGUCCAAGAGAAAUUGUCCUUCGCUCAUCAUUUCUUUGUACAAAGGAAACAGUGGAAUAUCAAUGAGCCUCUCUAAAGGGAAAUUAGGAGGCGCUUUCUUGAUGAAGCAAUUAAGGUAAUGACUGUGGGAAGAAGGGAAAGGCUCACCCCCAUCCCACGCCUCCCGGGUCCUCGAGGAGUCCCAGAGCCUGUCUCAAACAGAGAAUCAGGAGCAAUUCCGGUUGUUUUUGUUCGACCUCAGCGUUAUUUACUUCAAAACCCCAAUUAUCACUGGAAAAUGAUGCAGGCAUCCCUGAUGGACCCUUGGCUGCUUGUAAUGAAGUCCAAAAGGGCUUAAAUGUGACUCCUCGUGCAAGCGAGGUGGGCAGCGCCUGCCCCGUGCGUGCAAUGGGGUCCCACUGGGUGCCAUCUUCACCAAGGGCCGGCUCUUUCUCAGAGCUGUUUACAGUUCGUUGGUGCCAAAAUCUGCUCUCUUAAAGAGAGGCUGAGAGGGCUGUUGUAGAGCCAGGGGACAGCAGGUGGCAACCGAGCCUUCCGGAUGGUUUGAUGUCCUCGGUGCCAUCCUCCCCCUAGUGGAGGCCUUGGAAAGAAAGGCUGGCUCUAGGGAGAGAAGCAGUAGAGGGGCCUGGGAGAGGAGGCGAGGAUCUCCGUCACUCUGUGGUCACAGGGAGCCACUCAGGGCCACGUUCCCCUCAGACCCUUGUCGGUUGUAACGAGCUUCUCAUCCGGGCUAGCGCGGAUGUCGGGAAGCACGCUGUGACGCUGCCAAGCAUGCCGUUAAAUGGUUCUUGAAAGAUCAUUUGUAAAUGGCUGGUGGAAACAUGGACAAGUCCGAGGCAGAAGACGUUUUCAGGAGGAAACGCUGCUGGACUCCCCGUGAAGUCAGAGUGUUCCAGCCUCCCCAGCCUAUACCCAACUAGAUUAGAAAAACAAGUGAUGCUGCCCAUCCCCAGAUGUUCUCUCCAGAGGAAAAGGGACCAUUUCCCAGCAGGCGAAUAGCCCGUCAUCCAGCCUUCCCACCUUCCUCGUUGCUGACCAAGUGCCUUACCGGCUGCUCAAAUCACCCACGUUUUGUGGGCAAGUUUACAAACUUGUGAAAAGGCAAAAAUGGCCUCCAUUAGCGAAUUUUUCUUUUUGGUCAUUGGUUGAAAAUCGAUCACAUGUCAUUACAUUUGGAAUGGUCACAUGGUACAGAAUGCUGUGGGGCAGAGACAGGGUUCCUCAUACCUGAUGGACAAACAUCAACGUGCACUCUUUAAGGAAGAGGCUCCAAACGAUCCUUCUGUGGUGUUUCCCUUUGUUGGAAUAGAGAGCUCUGUUGAAGAAGGUCCGGGUUCUGGGGGACUGGUUUGGGGGGGGGGGGUGGCCUUUGUUUUUCUUCAUCAGCCUAGGAAAAAAUCCUCCAAAAGGAAAAUGGUCAGGCUCUUGUUUAACCAGGAGCCUCGACCCCCUGGAAGUGUCUGCUGCACUCCUCCUCAGACUAACAAUCGGUUUCCUUGUUGUUUCCUCAUUGCGUCGUCGCUAAGCCCAGGAAUGCCAUUUCACUGGUACUCCUAAUAGGAAAGUGGAUUCCGUCUGUUACGCCGCUCCCAAGAAGGGUCUGGAAAAUAUGGACCCUGCCUAGCUGUUUGUCAGCCCCAUCGUGGCCAUUUGGCAGCUCUUCGGACUGUCGUUUUGUCUCGGAGCCCAUUUCUAUUUGAACAUGGCUGUAGAUAACCUCGUGCCGAAAACAAGUGAGCGCGAGCACGGGACAGUCUGAGCUCUAGGAUCUGGGUGCUUCUGCUGUGCAGAAAUAUUAGGAACGGCUAAAACUCCUAGAUAACUAAGAGGUUUCAUAUAGAAUGAAAUGGGCUGUUAUUCGUGGUUUGAAAGCUUUUGUUAGUUUUUUCUUCCAAUAAAGAUUUACAUAAGAAA